GCGGGCGCAGCCGUGGUUUCAGUGCUCGUUGAACAGGCGGUGGACCGACGGCCAACGACUGUUUCCACAAUGUCAUCUGCUUUAUUUUAAUGGAUUACGAGUGGAGUUAAAACAACGUUGCGUCGUAAGCCUCUGCAGCUGGGCCUGGAUAAUCUGGGAUUGGUCCUGAGAGUAGAUCACAGGACAGUGCUCCGGAUGAGGAAGGACUUUGUCAGAAUUGGAGUCUUUGGCCUGGUUGUGCGCGUGGGCCUACAAAACAAAGGCAUGAUACAUCUACUUUAACACGUAUCUGUAGUUAUUUAGUUUUAAUAAGAAGAAGAGGGUUGACUGUUCUGCUGGUCUUUGAUGGACCCCUGAAGUCCCCGUCACGUGAAGGCAUGAUUCUACAAGCCGAGGACUGUUGCUACAUCCGCGGCGUGCAUCUGGGGCCCCUGCUCGUCUUCUCUCCCAGAAGCCCAUCUAAUAUGGGCUGCUGGCCCCCUUUGGACGCAGUGCUUGUCCUGCCCUGAGCUCCCCUGGCGUGCUAUGAACAGCUACAGAGACAGAGGAGUCACAUGCACCUCCUCGGACCUUCUGGAUGGAGGCGGAGGGGCACAGACUCCCUUUCGUCACACGUCCAAUGGCCACUCUGCUCCUAACGCCACUGACCCCUCCCUCCAGCCACGCGUCUCUGUGCCGAAAAUGGGUGUGCGUGCCCGUAUUGCUGAAUGGCCACCCCGACGUGCUCAGUCCAGAGAGUCGUUGCUGGAAAACGGUCAAAGUGGAGUCAACCACCAUGGAGACGACAGCUCCACUUCUGUUACGUCAUCGGUUCUUUCAUCAGAAAUCGGACUUGUGCGGGGAGGAGUUGCCCGGUUGCCAAGGCGACGCUCAAAAGACGUGGAGUUCAGAGGUGGAGGGUUUGUCAUGGAUAGGGGUUCCCCAUUAAGCCUGCGUGUUUUUCCCCCUCUGAGACAGCGCUCCAACAGUGAGAUCACACUCAGUGAACAAGAUGAGAAUGAGGUGGAGGUGCGAGGUAGCAUGGGGGCCCUUUUUAGAGAAUAUGGCAGCACUUCUUCCAUUGAUAUCCAAGGCAUUCCUGAGCAGAGUUUCUUUGACAUGCUCAACCAGUUUCACCAGGAGAGGCCUGACCAGCGCAGCUCUGCCCCCGUUCGCCUCCGAGAGCUCCUGAGCGCCCCAGACUCUCCACCUAGUGCACCCCUCCCCCCGUCCUCCUCACCUGUUCCCAGUGUGGACGAUCGAGUGACAGGAAGGAGGGAUGGGGCAGAAAGAGUUAGGAAGAAAAGUGGUGGAACAGAGUCAUCACUGGGAACCUCCUCAUUGUUUCGUAAACUUCGGAGUUCGAGCCGAGGAGAGCUUGACGGAGGAAGAGGAGAGACAGAUGAUGGACGAGUUGCUUUGGACUCCUCCUACAGGCCAUGGGUCUGUCCAAAGAGUCUAGUUCACUUUGACGCUCAGAGUAUCUUGUUUGACCUUCAUGAGGUUGCAGCUCAGCGUGGCUAUGUGGCACAGAGAAGGAACACCGCAACAGGAGCCUCUGCUGCCUCAGCGUCCCUGUCUGUCUCUAAAUCGUCAGUCCCUGUUAACAAUGAGCCCAUUUAUUCUAGCAUUGAGGAUCUUCCCCUAAGUGUUGACCCCGGAUCAUAUGGAUCAUCUUUGGGGCUGGACCCUCUGGAUGGGCCCACUGCAGCACAUAGCCCAAGCCAAAUGCUACUGUCCUGUCCCCAUUUCCUCAAUGAGACGGGGGACUACUGGGAGCGUAACAUCAGCUUUCUGAGCUCCUCUUCCGAGCGAGGAGGAGAAUCUGGUGGAGAGGCCACGAGAGGCUGGCUUAGGAAAAGUAAUGCCAGUGUCUCGGUGCUGGAAGUGCCUAUUGAACAACAAGUAACCAGACUUGAAAGAUUGAAACAGUACUGCAUUGAACAUGUAGACUUGGGGGCUCGCUACUACAGAGACUGUUUCCAUGGAAAAGAGCAUUCAAACUAUUUUGGUACAGAUGAUAAGUUGGGCCCUGUGGCGGUGAGCAUCCGCCGAGAGAAACUGGACGACACCAAAGAUCUUAAAGACCAGUACCAGUACCGCUUAAUUGUCAGAACAAGUGAGCUGGUCACUCUACGAGGGUCUAUUUUAGAAGAUGCAGUCGCAUCCACCUCACGACAUGGCACUGUGAGGGGUCUGCCCCUGAAGGAGGUCCUGGAGCAGGUGGUCCCAGAGCUUAGUGUGUCCUGCUUAAGACUUUCCCUGGGCACACCCAAAGCCACGGAGCAGCUCCUCAAACUCGACGAACAAGGGUUGAGUCAAAAGCACAAAGUUGGUGUACUGCUGUGCCGUGCCGGCCAAAGCACAGAAGAGGAGAUGUACAACAAUGAGGAGGCGUCCCCCGCCUUCGCUACAUUCCUGGAGCUGUUGGGGGAGCAGGUGCUUCUCAAAGGAUUUACCAAAUAUGCUGCGCAGCUUGACACAAAAACUGACUCCACUGGUACUCACUCCCUAUACACUUCCUAUCAAGGCUAUGAGAUCAUGUUUCAUGUAUCCACAAUGCUACCAUACAUGCCCAACAACCCACAGCAGCUCCUAAGAAAAAGACACAUAGGCAAUGACAUAGUGACUAUCAUCUUUCAAGAACCUGGAGCUUUGCCCUUUACCCCUCAGAACAUACGCUCACAUUUCCAACACGUCUUUGUCAUCGUCCGAGUGCAUAAUCCCUGCUCUGAAAACACCUGCUACAGUGUUGCUGUGACAAGAAUGAAGGAUGUGCCACCUUUUGGGCCACCUGUACCAAGUGGCAUUGUGUUUCGUGACCCAGAAACCUUUCGCAACUUCUUAUUAGCCAAAGUUAUCAAUGCGGAGAAUGCUGCCCAUAAAUCAGAGAAGUUUCACACUAUGGCAACUCGAACACGCCAGGAAUACCUUCGUGACCUAGCAGAAAACUAUAUCAGCAGCACACCACUGGACUCAGUGGGUAAACUGAAUAACCUUAUUUCUCUGGCAUCUAAAAAACGUGAGCGCUCAAAGGCUCGAGAGGGAGCCGAGCUGGGGGCUGCUGGAGCAGUGGCUUGGAGGGUCCAGGCUCAGGACUUUAGUGGAGGGGGGACUGAGCUGCCCUGUGCCUUGGGUGUGUCAGCAGAAUAUGUGCUUCUAAUCGACUGCUCCACCAAAGAAGUGGUUUUCAACUGUUUCUGUGCCGAUGUUAUCGGCUGGACACCAGAGAGACUUUCUCUGAAGAUUUUCUAUGGCAGAGGGGACCACAUCUCUGUGCGAGUCCCAGAAGGCUGUGCACAAGAUAUCAGGGAAAUUGUGCAACGCUUAAAGUCUCUAACAGUGGGAUGUGAGACUGUCGAUAUGACAUUGAGAAGAAAUGGUCUAGGCCAGUUGGGCUUCCAUGUGCGUCUGGAUGGAACAGUGGCUGAGGUUGAGGAGUAUGGCUUUGCGUGGCAGGCAGGACUGAGGCAAGGCAGUCGUUUAGUGGAGAUUUGCAAAGUUGCAGCUGUGACGCUUUCCCAUGAGCAGAUGAUUGACCUCCUCAGGACUUCAGUCACUGUCAAAGUGGUCAUUAUCCCACCUUAUGAAGAAGGAAAGCCUCGCAGGGGCUGCACUGAGGAGUAUGAGAUAAAGACCAUGGAACAAAAACCAGAACCCGAGCCCCUGGCAGCUGGGUACCGGCCGUCCCCUCGACCCAUGUGGCGUUGGGAUAGCCCACCCAUUCCCACAGGUUUCCAAAGCACACCUAAUGCACAGCGCUGGACGCCCAUGGGACCUCCACCUCCAGCGUUACCACGACAACAUAAGGCAAUGAUACCCAUCCCAUAUAGGGAGCCUCAGCACACCAAUCCUAAGAGGCCAGUAAGUUACCCAGAAAACCACUACUGCCUGUCACCUGUUGGAGGUGACCGGAUGCUACCGUACAGAAAUCCUUCAGCCAGUUUUUCUUCCCCCUCUUCUGGCCUCUCUUCACUGGUACACCCAGGAAUCACACCUGGACCAUUUGUACGCUACAAGCCUUCACCUGACAGAUUUGGAACAGUACCUCGAGCUCUGCCUUUUGAGCCCCAUUUUAGUGUGGACAUCAACUCCAGUGAAUCUGGCUUCACUAGUCAGGACAGCACCAUGGAGCGCUGCAAAACAGAGCCUCUCUGGCAUGUCCCAUCCUCUUCGUCCCGUGGUCAGCCUGGUGCGGGGCAGAGAAGACUAAGGCAGGAUGCUGCUGUGAAAGACUCUCCGAACAGACACUCUAAGGGAGAGAUUCAAUACUCCAGCCACUCUAGCAGUAAUACACUGUCCAGUAACGCCUCCAGUAAUCACAGUGAUGAGCGCUGGUUUGAUGGAGCUGGAGAGAGAGUUGACCCAUCUGAGACUGACCCAGACUUAAACAAGGGGGGCUCCAAUGACAGUGGCAUCGACGCUUCCACACACUACAAUAACAGUCUACACGGGAGCAUGCCCAACAACCAUCCACAUAAAGCUAUGCACAGCUCAGCCACCUAUAAUGCCAUCCAAGAGCUUUCGGUGGGACGGGGCAGCGGCACAGGGGAGAGCAAGAGCAGGGAAUCAUCACCCAAAGGCUAUCGCACAAGGACCUUUCCACCUCCAGGGUCAAGUGUUGAGAAAAGGGACAUGUAUAAACCGAGGGCCUACACUCCUCAGGGUUACAAGACUCCGGCAGCAGAGAAGACGCGGCCUGUGCGAGCUGCUACCACAACACCAACUUCAGCUCAACACAGCUCCACCCUUCUGUCUACCUCUGCUCCAAAGUCUUCCUAUGGGAAAAGUAGGCCUGUAACCUGGCAGGUGGAAGACUCCACUUCUGAAAAAAAACAAGUUGACACAAACUCAAAGAAUGUAUUUGGUCAGCCACGAUUGCGCGCAUCAUUGAGGGAUUUGCGAUCUCCAAGACGAACAUACAAGAGUACAAUAGAAGAUGACUUGAAGAAACUCAUUAUAAUGGAUAACCCUGGAGAAGCUCCAGAGAGAGAAACUUCUCCCAGAUGUACACUGCAACGUACCUUCUCUGACGAGUCAUUGUGCAGUGGACGCAGAGACGCUAGCUUUGCCAACUCUGAGAAUCAAAGCACACCCACUGAUGUGCUCUUCACCUGUACUCUACCCACACGCAGACAAGCCUCCUCCAACAACCACUCCAGCCAACUUCAGAACAAGAAGGUCCCUCUGUCAGCGUCGGAACUGUCACUCUCUGAAGUGAGAGACAAGGUUCCCCCUCUGAGAAGGCUAGACCCUGGCCUGAUGCCUCUGCCCGAUACAGCCUGUGGGCUAGAGUGGUCUAGUUUGGUGAAUGCUGCUAAAGCCUAUGAAGCACAAAGAGCCGUGUCUCUCUUUUCAUUGAAUGAGCCUUUGGUUGGUCCAGAUUUGAGACCAGCCAGUAGUCCGGUCCCGUUUCAGACUCCUCAGACUCCACGGACAACUCCAACCCUCAGUGGAGAAGAAACGCCAAAUGAUUUGUCUGGACGGCUCUUCCACUUGGAAGUGAUGUUGAAACAACUUAACAACGAUCUGGAGAGAGAGAAAAAGGAUAAAGUUGUCCUGCUGGCAGAGAUGGCAAAUCUGAGAGAAAACAAUCAGCGCCUUCAAGAGGAAAGUCACACGGCCAGUGAGCAACUGCGGAAAUUCAGCUUGCUUUUUACCAACCUCAAUAAGGUGGAAAGUGAGCAUGAAGAGCACACUGUAGGACAUGAAACAGACUCACAAAGGGAGUGAACCGCUGCACAGGAAAAAGUGUAUGUAUGGGACAUGGCAAAAUUUUUGUCUUCUAUUUUGCUCAUGGUUUCUUGCACACUUGGUGGCAAUGAUGUCACAACUUCAGAUUUGACUGGACAGCCUUAAAGACCCUCAUAUAGACUAUAUCCCAGUUGUCUGAGCCGCAUUAUUUUCUAUAAAGAGACUCAAGUCUUGUGAUAUAAAGCUAUGCCACAAGGACACCAAUAAGAGUAUGACCAUAGUCACUACUUUUCCUGGAGGCCUAAUACUGUUUCUUAUCAGCCAAAAAAAAAAAAAAGACUUUACAAACCACAUAUCCCAUAAUGCACUAGAGUUUCAAUGCUCCACAGGCAGCGUACUGCAGAUAAAAUGUGACUGGUACGACUGGAAACAACCAAUACUGUCAAAAUGGUCCCUUGUUGUCUAUGUGAGACUGAGGGUAGUUUAAAUACUCCGAAGCAUUACUGCACAGGUGGUUGUGCACCUGUCUUUUCUGUAACUGUGUGAGACAUGGAAGAGUUAGUAUGAGAAUAAAUGAAAGUUAUUGUAAAUUUCUUAUUAGCCCAUGGCAUUCUGUUUUUGUUUACACGGAUGAGAGCGGUCCAGUGAUGUGAAAUCAAGCCAUGGUACGGAGUAGGAAAAUGCUGUAUUUUCAUACACAUCAAUUAAAUAAUCUCCUUUUAACUAGUAUAACAUUUUUACACAAAACCUGUCAACACUGAAGCUUUUAUCAUACCAAUUUGUACGCCUAAACAGAACUAUUUAUACUCCUAGCCUGCCUAAUUAUAAUGUGUAUAAAAUCUAUUUUUAAUACUUGUUUUUUCCAUUUGCUGGUGGUGACUGGAUAUUUUUGCAGUUGGUGCAAAAAUCGAUUUCACUGCUGUACUUCCGUAAAUAUCACUAAAUUGUACUGAAUUUUGCCUUCUUCUGUACUUGUGGAGCACCACAACUCCCUGGUCUGACUGGAACUGUUUUAUUAAAACUUCCCCAACUCUCAGGUUCCUCGAGAUAAGCUGUCAAUACAUAAUACAAAUGUGACUGUGUUUUGGUUAAAUAGGGAACAAGUGCUUUAAGAGAAAGCUGGACAUACAGCUCCACAUCUCCAUAACAGUAGUUCAGUCUUACCCCCUCACCUCAGUUGUGUUUCAGUCUUACUUUUUAUGUAAUUUGUGUAAAGGGGGUCAAUACGUUGUUGUAAUUUUAAGAUAUUUAUAGCAUACACAAUGACUCAUUAAACCAAUCAUUGCAUUGUGGUUAAUGGUAUUGUACAAGUAGGAUGUUAAUAGCUAGUAAAUAUUUUGAUAAUUUAUUUUAACCUGUUGGCCAAUGUUGCAAAUUUGUGAAGAGGGUACUGUUCUUGCUGAGCUCUAAAUGUUGACUGCAUUUUAUAUCAGAUGCAAUGACAAUUUAUUUGGGUUGUAAUAAGUGUACAUUUAAACUGUAAAUCUGCUUUUUAUUUUAUAAAAUUAACUUUUGAACACUG